GUAAAGAAUGAGAAAUGAAAUAAAUAUCAAUUAAAUUAAGAUGAAUCCAAUUUAAUAGGCAUGGUUAAAGAUUCUGAAUCCAAUUUCAGUUGUAAUAAAUGAGAAAUUAGCAAAACGAUCAGGUUUAUUGGGUAAGAUAGGAAGAUUCUUUUUAAUUGGUCCAAGAGAAUUUGGAUAUCAUCCCACUAAUUAAAUGUUCAUUUAUUUUAAUAGAAGAGUACUAUUUGCAACAGCUUUCAUGGGUCAUAAAUAUUCAGUCUUAAAGUAACCAAUAUAAAUAAAUAUUAAUAUAGAGGAUUAACUCAUUAAGGUUAUCAUAUGUUAAGACCAAUGAGAGCUGCUGUAUUUUUAGGACCAAUAGCUGUAUUAGCAGGUCUUUUUAGAUUAGUCUAUUAUUCAUCUGAAAACAGAUCAUAUUAGUAUACUAUUUUUAUUCAAUUAUUAGUCCUGAUAAUUUGGAUUACGUGAUGAAAAAAGCAACUAAUUCGUUACAUUUUCCAUUAAAUACAUUAAAUUAAAGAUUAUCAGCACAUUAUACAGAAAUUAGUUCUAUUUAUACAGCAGAAAUGAUGAAAAGAGUAAUAAACUUCAUUUAUAUUAAAUCCUAGUAUCAUAAAUAACAUGCUAAAAUAAUCAAAGAGAGAUCAACAUAAUCAGAACAUGUUAAAAAAACUAAAUAUGCUGAUCCAUCAUACACAUAUAUUCCAAUGACUCCAGUUCACAUUGAAGAUGUAAAACUAGCUUGAGAU